AUGAAGAAGGACCAGCAGCUGCCAACGCCUCCACUAAGUCUCCAGCAUCCGACGCAGGACCACGACCAAUCGGAGCAGCAGAACUGUCAGUGUCGGCGUCUCGAAGUGUUCGGUGCGCUUGUAGUGACGGCCGGCGACGAUCACGCCGAGAGACUUCAGGAGCCGUUCGAGCCGCAGGAGUGGCAGCAGGUGCCGUACGAGUACGCGGAGUGGCACCGAGGUGCCGGUCGAGGUAGUGAGCAGCAGCGGCACCAGGCGCAUCAGGCGCAGCAGUACCAGCAGCAUCGCCAUCAGGUGCAGCAGCAGCAACAACAGGACGACGAGGACUCGAUCGAAGAGGUGGUACGGCUGCACCAGGCCCAGCUAAGCCAGCAGCGAGGCUCGGGAAACGGCACAGGAGUGCGCAGACGGUCGGCCGGUGUCCAGGUGGGCGGAGGUGGAACACGGGGCUUCGUGGCAACGGUUGGCGGUGUCGUCGGGCAGGGAUUCCUUGCGCUGCGACGGACCCGGGUCCGAGCCGGCUGCGCAUCAUAG